AUGAUCCAACUGGCAAUAGAAGAAAAAACAAGGUUAAGUAAUUGUAAUCUUUUUUCGAUUUUAUUUUUUUUUAAUUUCAAAUUUUUCCUGCAAAUCGGCGAAGGGGAAAGCCAUUGCCAAAUAGAGCAACUGCCACCGUUUCCAAUGGCAAUUCCGGUUCCCGGGAGAAUUCCGGCACGAUUUCUCCCGCCGCCUCAAGCGCAAGCUAGACCGCGGCAUUCAAUAGCUUUCGCCUCUUUAUCUCCGGCGACCAAAGGCGAAACGAUAGACUGGAUCGAAGCAACUUCUGACUUCUUCGAGAAAGAUUCGAGACCAAUAAUGCUAUUUGACGGUGUGUGCAAUUUAUGCAACGGAGGUGUAAGAUUUGUUCGUGCUAAUGACCGAAACAGAAGAAUACGAUUAGAGGCUCUCCAAAGUGAAGCUGGCAAGAAGCUGCUUAGAAGGUCGGGAAGAGCACCGGAUGAUAUUUCGAGUGUUGUACUAGUUGAAAAGGAUAGAUCUUAUAUCAAAUCUGAAGCUGUUAUAAGAAUAAUGGAACACUUAGAGUUACCCUUUCCCCAGCUUGCCUUUUUCCUCCAGUUUGUGCCACUGUUUGUUCGAAAUUUUGUGUAUGAAAACGUUGCAGAUAACCGCUAUAGGCUAUUUGGACGCUCGGAGUCAUGUGAAAUAUAGAAUUUACUUGUAUCCUUGUAGGAUUUGUAUGUAAUACUUUGGAAUUAGAAGUUAAGUUAAUAUCUUAGUUGGAACUGGAGGUGAUAUCAUGACGAGUAUAAUAGACUUCAUCACUUUCUAUUUAGUUGUAUCAACCUUUGUUGUUGUAUUGGACGAAUUAUUUGAAUAUUUGGGAAUGUAAACACGUCUGUUACUCUA